AAUCAAUAUCUAAAGUCCACUUUACCGAAAGGAGACUUUACACUAAAGUCCCCUUUAAAGUAGCUGUUGCCGUCAUUUGGUUUCAUAAUUAAUAUUAAAGUGCCCUUUCCAUAAAGUAUCUUUUAAGUAAUUUUUAAGAUGUUGGUCAACCUGGAAUUCAUGGAUUUUGACAAGAUUUGUCAUAUUUGACGAGUAUUUAAGUUCAGUGUUUGAAUAAGUAAGGUUAAGAGUUGUGGUGUUUGAUGUUUUUGUUAUUUGUAUUUGUGAGGACGAUUGAUUUGGACUGAAAUGGAAAUGGUAAAUAAUAAUAAGAAAGUUCGCUCGUCAAAUUUUUCUCGGGAGGAAGAAAUGAAUUUAAUACAAGAAAUUGAAAAAUUCAAGCAUAUUUUAGAAUGCAAAACUACUAAUAAAGUAACGAAUGCAGAAAAGGAAGAGGCAUGGCGCAAAGUACUUUCCAGCUUCAACUCCAGAAAUAUACAAGUGAGAAGUAUAUCUCAGAUUAAAGCAAAAUUUGAUAAUCUGAAAACAAAAGCUAGAAAGGAUGUGGCGAAACAAAAAUCAUAUAUGACGGGAACAGGGGGUGGUCCCGCAAUAAAAAUUGAUUUAGAUCCUGUAACAGAAGCAACCCUAAAUAUAAUAAAUAUGAAAACGGUGGUGGGUUUGAAUAACAGCUUGGAUAGCGAUUUCAUAAAUGAUCUUGGAAUGGAUGCAUCAUCUUCAGUUUUAAAGGAAGAACUUCUAAAAGAAUAUCCUCAACAAUAUGUUGAUUCAGAAAUGACAAUAAUUGCAGCAGGAGAAGCCAAAGAUGAAAUGUCAGAGAUUUCUACGCAAUCAAUAGUACCUGAAUUUACUGAAGAAAUUGUAUUGGAGGAGAACCAGAUAUCACCUCCUACAUCAGUGACACCCUCAGGGAGCAUGUCUAGUAAAAAACAAACGCAUAUUAAGAAAAAAAUCGAUUGGAGUAGUUAUGCACCUAAUAAUUUAAAAAGAAAAGCCAACGGAAAACUACACCCAACCAAAAUAAACCCGUUAUAUAAUGCAAAAGAAGAUUAUUAUAAAAAGAAAAAGGAGCUUCUUGAAAAAACGGUAGAAGCAGAGGAGAAGGAGAGAUCAAGGAGAAGGGAGAGAGAAGAAGAAGAACAUUUAAAAAAAAUGACUUUAUUGGAUUUAGAAAUCAAAUUAAAAGAAAAACAAUUAAAUAAAUUAAAUGUUUCAUAAAACUGAUU